GAUUUGAACUUAUGAGGAAGUCGCAAGUAAGAAGUUUUUAUUUGUCACUUCAACACGUGUAUUCAACUAUUAUCCAACUAUUAUCAUUUGCUUAUACUCUUAAUCUUACUGCUUCCUCUUACGCAAAAGAAGAAGAAAAUUUUCUACAGCGCGUGUCUAGAAGGUUACUGAUAACGUGUUGUUUCGACAGCGCGUGUUGCUAAUAAUUUAUAGAUGUAUCAGAUACGCUGCAGGAAGUCGGACACGGAAUCGAACGAUUGUUAUAAAAAGCAUACUUUUGCAUGUUUCCUUCUGCUUCGACAUGAAGUGUUUCAUAUUUACCGUUUUAUUGAUCACAGUGGUGAUCCUUGUAACAGUACAAGGUCAAGGUGGUAGUCCUGGUUCUCCUGGAGCACCAGGUACUUCAGGAUGCCCUGCUGGCCCAGGAGGGGCCGGUAGUCCAGGAGGCACUGGUGGCCCAGGAGGCACUGGUGGUCCAGGAGGCACUGGGGGCCAGGGAGGAACUGGUUUUCCAAAUUGCCCUGGUGGACCAGGAGGGGCCGGUGGACCAGGAGGUGCAGGUGGUCCAAGAGGAGGUGGUGGUAUAGGAGGCUAUGGUGGAAGAGGAGGCCCUGGUUCUCCACCUGGAAGUUCUGGCCCUCCUGGACCACCAGGUAGUUCAGGUAGCCCUGUUGGUCCAGGAGGCUCCGAAGGUCCAAUAGGAACUGCUGCUCCAGGAGGCACUGGUGGAAUGAUCAUGCUACCCUUGUAUCCAGAGUGUGCAACUUAUGGUAAAUUAAUGCACGAUAUGUUUAAAGAAAUGCGGAAUGAUAACAGAAUUGGUCCAGAGCAGUGUCAAUCAGGAAAUCAUACAAUAUGCAUGUCUAAAGAUGUGGAAAAGGUUCGCUGUGCAGUAACUGAGCCAAUGCCACAAGAAUGUGUGGAUAAGAUUAUGGAGUUUGUACAAGGAAAUUCAUGUAACGGAACCGAAGUUUGAUGAAAUCGAAAUUUAACUUGUAAAUAUAACUGUUGCCACCUUUUAUGAUGAAACAUUAAAUGUGGGUGAAAUAAAUGUAUUCAAUUAUGAA